AUGUCGUCGCUCUUCCGCUCGCUCCUGUUUCCAUCGUAUUCGUCGCGCGGCUAUUCUAGCAUUCCCUCCUCGGCAACCGCAUCGGAAGAGGAGGAAGAAGAGCUUUACCGCAUAUCCUCCUCGCCCCUCGACUCGAAACCUCUACCUCCAACUCCUCGCCCCCUCUCGCCUUUUCGAUUAUUCCUGCGAGUCAUAUUAUGGCUGGUGGCGGUGGUGAUGUUCUUCGGUCUGGGGGCAGUGGUGUUUCUGGGUCUGAGGGCUUUUGGGAGGAGUGAGGGUGCGGAUGGAGGGAUUUUGAGGAGGGGGUGA